CCCCUCAAAAAAUUCUGGCACACCUCUGUCUCCCCUUCUGGCUUCGACAUUCAUGGAGUGUUGCUCUCAGCCUAGUUCCCUUAUCAGCUCUUCAGCCUCUCCCCCGCCUUUCAUCCUUUAACUGAUCCUGUUUUCUUCUGCACUAAAGAGCUCCACUAUGUGUUUCAAAAUCAAAGGAUGCCUGAUGAUCAAGGACAGCAAUUUAUUCAAGAAAUGGCCAGUGGAAUAUCGUUGGGAUGAGCCCCAGGGCAGCGAGAGUACCUUCAAUGCUUGUUGCAGCAGAACCACUGUCAACCCCAACAGCAACAUCGCAACAACCUCCCAUGAUGAAGGGGUGAAAGACAGGAGGACUAGCAUCUUCGACACCAUGAGGCAUCACUCUAGCAAAUGUGCCAGAUACAUGUUAGCACAUUCCAUUGGCCGCUGCCUGCUUUACCCUGGCUCGGUAUGCCUCUUUAACAGAAUCCCUCUGUCUUUAGUAGUGCAUGGCCGGAUGCGUCUCAUUGAGGAAUUUAAUGGGAAACGGGCCAAGCUGAUCGCUCGUGAUGGUAAUGAGAUUGAUACCAUGUUUGUGGACAGGAGGAAGAAGAAAACACUGGAAAACAGGAGGAUGAAGUUGGUGAUCUGCUGUGAAGGGAAUGGCAGUUUCUAUGAAGUGGGCUGCAUUUUCACACCCCUGAAGGCCGGCUACUCCGUUCUCGGGUGGAACCACCCUGGCUUUGCAAGAAGCACAGGGAAGCCCUACCCUCAGAAUGACAUCAAUGCCAUGGACGUCGUCCUCCAGUAUGCUGUCCGCCGCCUGCAUUUCACUCUGCCAGACAUCGUCAUCUAUGGUUAUUCCUUAGGUAGCUACACAGCCACAUGGGCAGCCAUGACUUACCCAGAGCUGGGUGCUUUGGUGCUAGAUGCCUCUUUUGACAGCUUACUCCCUUUAGCCAUGAAAGUGAUCGCAGAGAGUUGGAAGAACCUGGUGCUGCAGACGGUGAUAGAGCACUUCAACCUCAACGUAGCUGAAAUGCUGUGCAGGUACCAGGGACCAGUGUUGCUGAUCCGGAGGACUCUGGACGAAGUCACCAGCACCCAGUUCGAUCCAGAGACUGAUCUCCCCAUCGCCCGAACAAACCGAGCCAAUGAACUGCUCUUGCAGCUAUUGCGGUCCCGCUAUCCCAAAGUCAUUGCAGAGGAAGAGGAAGCUGUGUACCAUUGGCUGGGAGCCGACUGCCCUCAUAUGGAAAUCCUCAUCUAUAAAUUUUUCUAUAAGGUUGAUGAAGAGUGGUGCCUCCAAAUACUUAACAGCUACAAAGCCAGCCUUGGAUUGAACACUGCCUUCCCAUGGAAAGUGGGGGAAGGCCUGACGCCCAUCCAGAAGCGGGAGUUGGCUUUGUUCCUGGCCAAGAAGCACCUGAAGAACGUCGAGACAACACAUGGAAGAACUUUGCCACCGGAUGAAUUUGAGAUGCCCUGGAAGCUCUAGUGGGGCUGGGGAGGUGGUGGUUUGAUUGCAGAAAAAGAAGAGCGAGAGAGAAAUAAA